AUGGCAUCAGAGGCUCAUAUAUUUUUGUUGAGUGAAAAUGCUGAAUAUAUGAGAAUGGCUACUGUAGACACUGUAGAGGAAAGGAGUGGAAAAAACAUUUCCAAAUAUUGCUGCAUAUUUUUGACAAUUUCCGCUUGCUUAGGAAUCUAUGGAUUUUUUAAUUUCCAAAAUGAAUAUACGAUUUUUGUGAAUGGCAAAAUUGUGAAUUUCACUGGAGUAGAAGAUUUCGUUCCACCUUUUGUCAGCUAUUAUCCCAAUCUUUUUGUGGCUCCGGAGCACAAAUUAAUUAGCUGUGGAAUUCCAAAAUCCAUGUCUCAAUUAGCUACUAGUAUCAUGUGUCUCCUUUAUGACGAGGACAGUUUUAUACAGGAAAAUCUAAGUUUUAAUGACACUUGGGCUACUACUAGCAGAAAAUGCCUUGAAGACCCCGAAUUUCAAAAACCAAGUCAACAACUUUUAAACGAUCCGGAUACAGUAAGAUUCGCAUUUAUAAGAGAUCCGAUUCAACGAUUUGUGUCCUUCUACCUGAAUAAGUGUGUUAGCUUUGGCGGUUGUUUCGGAUGUGCUGAAAAAAAUUUGAGAUGCUUCGUUCGGAAAACUUAUAAAGUUUUGAAAAAUAUUUCCGAUUAUCGACACGGAUCUAAAGAUGUGGAUGUGAUGGCGGUGCAUGCUGCACCAUUAUCAUGGAUGUGCAACUUUGAUAAGGAGCUCGGAAAAUGGGAUUUGCUAAUGAUAGGAUCGGAUUUGGAAGAAAGAAAAUCAUCGACUUUACAUUUGGCAAAUAUUUUGAAGAGGCAAGGAUUCAAGGACAGUUUGGUGGACAAGAUCAAGAAAGAUAUGUCGAUUGGGGAGACCCCUCAUGGCACACACAAAUCAUCGCAUCGACAAGAAGCUGAACGUCAAAUCCGCGAGGAUCCAUACAUUCGGGACCUUCUUCAUAAAAUUUACUUUUUUGAUUAUGUCGUUUUUCCAUUUAAGAGAGAUGAGUUAGACAAAAAAUAUCAGACGAAUUUCUGGAGAGUUCCAGAAAACUAG